CACACUGAUCCAAGAUCGGUUUUUAGUUUCUCCAAUGGUGAUAACGGAUAGGACUUGGGAGAGUAGACUGAUUCACGCUACCUACUGGGCUAGUGAAGGGAGUAGGAUGAGGUUUCCUAUGAGCCUAGACACUGACCUGUCAGAUUUGAGUUUCUUCACCCUAAUGGUUCCAGGGAGGGUAUGCUGAUCCUAGAUCUGGGCUGUGAAGCUGGCACUCUACCUACUGGGCUAAUGAAGGGAGGGUAUGCUGAUCCUAGAUCUGGGCUGUGAAGCUGGCACUCUACCUACUGGGCUAAUGAAGGGAGGGUAUGCUGAUCCUAGAUCUGGGCUGUGAAGCUGGCACGCUACCUACUGGGCUAAGGAAGGGAGGGUAGACUGGUCCUAGAUCUGGUCUGUGGCGCUGGCAUGCGACCUACUGGGCUAAUGAAGGGAGGGUAGACUGAUCCUAGAUCUGGGCUGUGGAGCUGGUCUGCAGGUGAGGCUUUUGCUCCAGCCCUGCUCUAAUGGGUGUAGUUGUAGAUACAUGCCAUCUUAUUUGGUUUACUGUAUAGUCAUGAGUCAGUGUGUGAUUUGUACAGCCUGCUACCUACUGGGGUGGAGGAUGCCUCUGUGCUCACUACUGGUCUGUGUACUGCUCAACAUCCUCUUCCUCACUCUGAGUGAAGUCGGGUGGUUCUCUGUGUGUGUUCUGGGGGUGUCUGCCCCGGCUGCCCUGGGUUACCUGCAGGACAGGUGUGGGGGCGGGGCUUCGGAGGUGGAGCAACAGAAGAGGCGGUGCCACGCGGUGCAUCGUAAGGACCUGCAGAACGUUCAGCUCACCAGACAGGACGCCAUGCUGGAAGUCAAGGACCUGUUAAAGCAGCUAGAUGACCUGUUGUCUCAUGCCUGCCUGUCUGCUGAGUCUGUCUACAAGCUCCUGUACUGGGAGAGCCACUCUGAGUCCUCCAGGUUCUAUGGUGGCCUGUUAGCUGUAUUGAUGCUGCUGUAUUCUGUUCCUGUGUGCUGGGUGCUGGCCUGUCUCACUACUGCCCUCUUCCUGUGGAACCGAGACUUCUGCAGGGUUGUGUUGGACCUAAGGGAGGUGGUCCAGUCUGGCCAGAACCCAUCCUCAGAAGGAGAGAUGGACCACACAGAACCGGACCGCGGCAGCCUGGACCGGACUCCCACUGCUAGCAGCUUGGAGGACCUGUCCCCGGGAAGCGUAGAGGAGGCUGAGGAGGCAGAGCCUGAUGAUGAGUUCAAAGAUGCCAUCGAGUUGACUCAGGAGCCCCCUAUCUCCCUGCAGGAGACUCCCUUGGCUUUAGUGGAGGAUGAUGACACAACUUCAGAUUUGGACACCAUCUCCAUCACCUCAGACAACGGUCUGCUGAGUCGCAACGAGCCAAUCCGCAGUAAGGUGUCCAAACUGACGGAGAAGCUACGCAAACGCUACCCCACCAACAACACAGGUAACUGUUCCAGCUGCAGUGCUGUCUUCUCAGUGGUGAAGAGAAGGCGGAGCUGUAGUAAUUGUGGCAACAGCUUCUGCUCCAGAUGCUGCUCCUACAAGGUCCUCAAGGCCUGCAUGGGUGUCACAGCUCCAGAUGCCCAGAGAGAGACAGUGUUUGUUUGUGCUGUCUGCAACUCCACCCUCAGCAAGUGAGAAAUGACUACCCCCUCCUACCCACUCAUGGAGACCCAGGGAUGGUACUGCCCCUCCUACCCAGGAUUCGAAGCUCCUUGGCUGGGUAGAGCCCGCGGCAGAUCAGCCUCUACCCCCCCUGGGGGGUGGUUCAAAACCCCAGGUUGUCUGGUUCUCUGGCUCCAGCCCAGGUGACCAGGGUUAUUAAAAUGAACCAGUCCCAAAUGGCAACCUAUUCCCUAUAAAUUACACUGCUUUUGCCCAGAGCCCUAUGGGAUUCCCUAUAGGCUCUGGUCUACAGUAGUGGACUAUAUAGGGUGUCAUUUUGGACGCUCCCCCAGACUCCCAUCAGCUUGUGUUGCAUUGAGAUUUAUCCUGUACUGUCAUGGUGGUCCUGAGAAUGCUGAGGUGUGUGUGUGUGUGUGUGUGUGUGUGUGUGUGUGUGUGUGUGUGUGUAUUUGGAUUGUAUAAGAUAUGCUAUAGAUUGACCCUGUUAUAACAUUCAUUAUGUAAUGGUUUUAUAUGUUGGUCCUAAUGUUAAUUUAAUGGAUGUAAAGACAGGAUGCUAAAUGGCAUUCCCUAAUCCCCAUGGAGCAUAACCUAACCCCAUGGAGUGAUUUCCUGAGGGAACCCAGAGCUGUGUUCAAAUACUCAUACUAGCUAUACUAUUUGUAAAGUAAAUUGAGUAUGUAGUAUACUUAUUGGUCAUAGUAUGCCAAAAGUUCCUGGAUGUCGUACUAAAUUCACCAAAAUAUGAAGUAUACAAGCAGUGGACACUAUUUCUGUGCUUUUAGGAACCAUAAUGCGAUUCUUCAGAAAAUGGGCGUGGCUUCACCAACGUUUUCAGAUUUGAGGAAAAUGGUUGACGAGAGCAGAUACAAAUGAAUUCCCUUAAGAAAAUGUUGAGCAAUGUAAUAAAGUAAUGACUUUUCAAAUAAGUGAAAUGUUAUGUUGGCUGACAAUUUAUUAGCUACGCUGUCCUUACGCACCGCAGCAUGUCAUUCAGCAGUAUGUACCGGUCUGUUAGCUAGCUACCUAACGUUAGUUGGCUACUAAUACAUUGAACUUGCCAGGCAGUAUAUUAACUAUCUAGCUAACUACCCAAUGUUUAUUGACUUGAUUAUUCACAUCAUUCUUAGCUAAGUGGUAGGGUCAUUGUGCGUUCUCAAUGGACAUUGUUAAUUCUGGCUAUCUACUCUGAUUUCAGAGCAUCUCUCAUCUGUGUGCCAGUGCACAGAAUAGCUGAAUAAAACGCGUUGAAUAUGGCCGGUGUCAGUAAGCAUUGGCAAAAAAAAAAGUGUAAUUAAAUUGUUGCCUGUGUAACGGAUGUGAAAUGGCUAGCUAGUUAGCGGGUACGCGCUACUAGCGUUUCAAUCAGUUACGUUACUUGCUUUGAAACCUACAAGUAGUGUUGCCCCUUGCUCUGCAAGGAGCGAUGGACGCUUCGUGGGUGUCAGUUGUUGAUGUGUGCAGAGGGUCCCUGGUUCGCGCCCGAGGUCGGGGCGAGGGGACGUACUAAAGUUAUACUGUUACACCUGCAGCACAGUUAGUCACCAACACUCUGCAUGAAAUGAAAACAGCCUAACCAGCUCUGCUAGGGCAAGUAAAAUGGUCAGAGUGAGGGUUUCUCAUUUCUGAAUGGAGGUAGCUAGCCAGUUAGCUUGGGAGCUUAACUGCCUAACCAGCUCUGCUAGGGCAAGUAAAAUGGUCAGAGUGAGGGUUUCUCAUUUGUGAAUGGAGGUAGCUAGCCAGUUAGCUUGGGAGCUUGACUGCCAUUGUGAAGACAGAACGCUCGGAUCAACCCUACUCCUUGGCCAGAGCGUCUAGUGUGGGCUCCGAGACCGAAACGCUCUGAAUUUACGAACGAACAAUCUGACAACGCUCUGGAUUUACGAACGCCCAGAGCGCAUUCUGAGCGCUCUCUUGCACUCCAUGGGUAAAUUUACGAACUCGCCCCAUAUUGAAUUUACAGACACAGCCGAAAUCUUAAAAUGUCUAGCAAAUCAUUUGUUAUGCUAACAAGCUAGCAAGAGGUUGCAUAGCAACAGCAUCAAUUUCUGGUAGACAGGCGAAGUGCUAGUACUCAACUGAAAGGAUACCCUUCAUUUACAGUAUUCUAAAAUGAACUAAUAGUAUGUAGUAUAUACUCAUUAAGUAUGUAGUAUACAGGAUGUUGGUAUGAGUUUGAACACAGCACAGGUUUUAGAUUGACACCUAAGAAUGUACAUGUUACACUUUUACCAUUGUGAUCACCUAUAUUCAAUCCACUGAAAGUUUAUAUUUAUCCAAUUUAUUGAUUCAUUCAUUUGAUUGAUUAUCUUGACAGAAUGGAGGAUUUUGUUUACUCUUCAUUGCUUCAAUAAACUAAUGUGAUUUUGAAUGUUUGAAAAAUAACUUAUGGCAUAUUUUUCCUGCCUUUUUUCAGCCUAAUUGUAGAGAGCUCUGUUUAAAAAAAAUAAAACAUUUAAAAAGA